UGCUUGACUUGUGUGUAUGUGUGUUGUUGUUGGAUGUGUGUAUGUCUGUAUUAUGAAUGAUGAUGAAGAGGAGGACCUGCAGAGCUGGGGCUGGACAGACCUCUCCAGUUACUCCUCCUCAUCGGACUCUGAGCAGCAGCAGGUCUCCUCUUCAUCGGACCCACAGCAGCGGGUCUCCUCCUCUUCAUCGGACCCACAGCAGCGGGUCUCCUCCUCUUCAUCGGACCCACAGCAGCGGGUCUCCUCCUCUUCAUCGGACCCGUCGACCCGGUCUCUGCGGAACCAUGAACCUGAAGGAGGCUCCUCCCGUCGGAUCUCUGUGUGGGUCAGCAGCUGAAGCCUUCAGGUGGAUCUACAGGCGAUGGAGUCCCACGACCACUAGCUCUCACCUGAGCAGGUUCCUCCUCAGACUCUUCAUGGUUCUCCUCCUGCUGCUCCUCCUCCUCCUCAGUUUGUGUUGGUUCGGUCCUGCUGGGUUCUGCUCCGUCUUCCCAGGCCUCAACGUCACGACUGUGGACCCUGUCCAGAGUCUGUCCUCCAUGCACAGCUUCCUGUCCCCUCACAGCCAAUCAGCAGAGCCCGAUGGGGAGGAGCCAAGUGAGGAGGAGCCAAGUGAGGAGGAGCUACUGAGCAGACCUCCAGCUGUAGAAACACCUGCGCCUCAGGUCGGUUCUCAGGAGGUUCAUUUGGACCCUGAGCCGAUGCCGGCUGUGGACUCUGAGCGCCUGGUUCAGGUGGAACAGAGUCUGAUGGUCCUGCGGGGGCGGGUGGAGUCUGCAGGACGGUGGGCGGAGCGGAGACACAGGGAGGUGCUUCAGCUCUACGCCGACCUCCAUCGGCGGCCAUCUUUGCCUCAGAGCGGCGGCGGUGAAGGCGUGGAGCCGUGGAUCAGGGAUCUGAUGGACCGACAGCUGUUCCUGCUCCAAAUACAGCUGGACGAGGAGAGGCAGAAGAGGGAACAGAUGCGCCAGCAGGACCUGCUGCUGCUGAAGGCUCAGACGACCCGUUUGGAUCACCUGGAGCUGCACCUGCAGAGCUUGGCUGCCAGAACUCAGGAGGUCCAGUGGACACCAGAACCUUCAGCCACGUCUCUCCCAGCUGCUGUCGGCGCUGGCGUGGACGGACCGUCCCAUGAUGCUUUGCAGGCAGAGGUUCUGCGGUUGGAGGCGGCCCUGGGGGACGUGAGGCGGGACAUUCAGGGUCUGUCCGAGUGUCGGAACGGACUGGAGAGAAUCCAGCAGGUGAUUUCAGAGCGGGUGUCGGUUCUGGUCCAGGAGGAGGUUCGGGCUCUGAUGUAUGGGAACCAGCUGGCAGCGAGGGGAGACUCCGCCCCCCUCCCUGAGUCUGUGCUGCGGUGGCUGUCGGAGCGGUUCGUCACCGAGGCCAGCCUGCAGGAGGCGCUGUCCGCUCUGGAGCACAGCAUCCUGCAGAACGUCAGCAGGAAGCUGCGGCGCGGCGAGGAGACGGGCCGGGAGGACGUCCUAGACUCCACCGGGAACGCUGUCACUCCGGAGGACGUGCACGCGAUGGUGACAGACGCUCUGAGACUCUUCGCUCAGGACCGGAUCGGUCUGGCAGAUUACGCUCUGGAGUCUGGAGGAGGCAGCGUCCUCAGCACUCGCUGCUCAGAGACGUUUGAGACCAAGGCGGCUCUGCUCAGUCUGUUCGGAGUUCCACUUUGGUAUUUCUCUCAGUCUCCUCGAGCUGUGAUCCAGCCUGACGUCCAUCCAGGAAACUGCUGGGCUUUCAAAGGCUCCAAAGGUUUCCUGGUGAUCAAGCUCUCCAUGAGGAUCCUCCCCACGGCCGUCACCCUGGAGCACAUCCCCAAAGUCCUGGCUCCGAGCGGGAUGCUGCGCAGCGCCCCCCGGGACUUCAGGGUCUACGGUCUGAGAGACGAGAGCGAAGAGGAGGGGAGGCUGCUGGGUCAGUUCACCUACGAGGAGGACGGAGAGGAUCUGCAGACCUUCAGCCUCACUGAGGAGAACCAUGAGUCCUUCCAGAUCAUCGAGGUCCAGGUUCUGUCCAACUGGGGCCACCCGGACUACACCUGCAUGUACCGCUUCAGAGUUCACGGGACACCUGAUGACGUCUAAGGACCACAGGAAGUCGGCAGAACCGGGUCAGUGAGAACCUGCUGACUGGGCUUUUAUGGACCGCUGAGUUUCCUGUGGAAACGGACCCUGACGGUUCUGAGGUGGGAAGAAUCUGUUCAUAGUUUUAAACAUUCGUUCGGAGUUCUGGUUUAUCAUUUAUCAGGUCUGUGAGCGGGUCAGAACCAGGGGAAGCAGACUGUCCACCUGCCACAGGAAGGCGGCUCUGAGAACCUGUCCUUUCACAAUAAAACAACCUCUUUGUUUUGAAAGCUUUAAAAUGUGCUGCUUCAGCAAAACAUUAAAUCUGUAAAAUGAUCCGAUUGGACCGAACGGUUCUGUUUCAAAAGCGGCUCCUGUUCUCAGCUGGUGUCAAAUGUUUAACUUUAACUUAUUUUUAUAAAAAUCUGAAGAAAUGUUUGUUUUUCUGUGACUUGAAGCUGAAUGUUUCAUAAUAAAGAUGUGACUUUUUAAAACCC